AUGGCAUCUAUGUUGACUAUGAUAUGCUGUCCACAUGGAGGGACGGAGAUGCUGAAGAUUGUUGCAACUGGAAAGGAGUUCAUUGCAGCAACCAAACAGGUCAUGUUCAAAUUCUUGAUCUUCGUAGUUCAGUUCAUUUUGUAUGAUUGUGACAUCCCUCAAUCCAUAGAGUUAUUCACCAACUUAAGGUAUCUCAUCCUCUCUUAUUCUGAUUUUGUUGGGAGUAUUCCCAAUCAACUGGGAAAGCUUUCAAACUUACAAUAUGUUGAUUUGAGUAACAAUCACUUGGAUGGAGCUAUCCCUUGGCAAAUUGGAAAUCUUUCCAAGUUGCAGUACCUUGAUCUUGGAGAAAAUUAUCUUGUUGGAGUGAUUCCUUAUCGACUUGGGAAUCUCUCCAAGCUCCACGCUCUACGACUUGGUGGUGAUUGUUCUAACCCCACAGUAGCUGACAAAAACAAUGGUGAUAUAGAGUGGAUAUCAAAGCUCUCUUUAUUAACAAAUCUUGAGUUGAGUUAUGUGCGUGAUGUCGGCAAUUCUCAGAUGUGGUUGCACAUGAUGAUGGGUAAACUCGUGCCAAAACUAAAAGAAUUGACACUAACCGGAUGUGGCAUUUCUUAUGCUUAUGGCCCUCCUCUAUCUGCUUCUUCUUUCAACUAUUCUUCUUCUCUUGUCAUCCUUGACCUCUCUGACUAUAACUUGAACUCAUUAUUAUUUCAAUGGCUCUUCCUCUUCAACUCCAGCCUUCAACAGCUUUAUCUACAAACUUGCAGUCUUUCAUCUCAUAAUCUCUAUUUUUUAUCUUCCCAUUUUCAUUUUCUUUCUCUCAUUGUUCUUGAUCUCUCUUAUAAUAAAUUGAUGUCAGUAAUGACAUUGAACUUCGGCUCCAAUCUUCAAAAGCUUUAUUUGGAAAAUUGUAGCCUUUCAUCAAAUAAUCUUAUCUUCACAUCUUUCAAUCCCAACCUCACUUCUCUUAUACAUCUUGAUCUGUCUCAAAAUCAUUUGGCAUCAACGACCAUAUUCUAUUGGAUUUCCAACUUCACCUUCAAUCUUCAUGAACUGGACCUCAGUUACAAUUCGCUUAGUGGUUUCAUUCCCUAUGGUUUUGGAAACAUAAUGAGGUCUCUUGAAGAUCUUGAUCUCUCCUAUAAUCAUCUGCAAGGUGAACUCCCAACAUCACUAGGGAAUAUAUGCACAUUGAAGAACUUAACACUUGCCUACAAUAACUUCAGUGGGGACCUUUCGAGCGGCGCAGCCUCUCUCGGUCUCUCCAAUCUCCAGUUUUCAAUUUUCACUUCCAUUCCCUUCAGAUUUCAGACAACGACGGCCAACGGAGUAGUGAAGCGUGGCUGGUCGCAAUCUCACAAGUCGCCUCUCAAUCUCCGCUCUCGGCUAUUCUGUCAUCUGCAAAGUGCGAAAGAGGCCGUCGCCGUCGGAGAGCAGUGCUCACUGCUCAGUGCUCACUCACUCUGCCUCUCUCGUCUUGGCUUCAGCUCUUCACUCACGGAGUCACGGUCCCACUCUCCAGUUCUAGCCUCCAUUGAAGUCGCAAGCUUCGUAGCUUCUCUCCAGCCCAGUCGGCCAGUCCAUCGUCGGCGUCAGUCUUUGCUGUAG